AUGGACGAAUCAGAUAGACACGAGCCAUUAACCCCUGCUUCACCUCGAUUUCUCCGCACAGCGCGAAGAAAGGCAUGCCGAAAAUGUGUGGGAGCUAAGACUGCCUGUGAUCUCGGAAAACCGAAAUGCAAGCGAUGCAGAGAUCGAGGCACGAGUUGUGAAUAUCCAACACACGUCAAAUCAAGAAGUGCUGCUAGUGCAGAGAAUCAACACGCCACUGUGGAUGUCUGCCCUCUCAGUACCAUUUCUGAUGCAAUAUCUCCGGAUUCCACAUGGCCAGAGGGUCUGGUCAGAAGCACCGGGAAUAUAUCUCACGCCCCGAGUUACCCCAUUACGGAUAAUGGACCAAUUCAUCCGGAUACCACUGCUGGCCUAGACUUCCAUCAAAUUGAUCUAGUUCCCAUGAUCGAUGCAGAGGAAAUUCGCGAUCGCUGGUUACGCCCCUACAUCUCGAGCUCGACGGGCCAAGAACUCAAGCAGUUGAAUGCUCACACCAUACAGUAUCUCACCUGCGUGUUGAAAUCGUAUCUUAGAAAUCUACUUAACUCAAAGGCACCGCCUUUUGUUCAUUCGAUGCAGCAGAUGGGGACAUGUCCGCCUGUCUUGGCUUAUUGCUUCACCCUGGUUCGGACAUGGUUGACUCGGAUUCCUGGGUGUGAACCCUUGAUUCUGGGAACGAUGCGAGAAGAGAUGAGGAAUAUUGAAAACCAGGGUGCCAUUCGAAGUGACUUUGAUAGCCUAUGCUCGUUCCAGGCGUAUCUCAUCUACUCCAUGACAAUCCAUUUCUUCCCUCGCCCAGACACCGUCGAAGAACCCAACAACUUUGAUACCCAAGCACAGAUAAAAUUACAAGAAAUUGCUUUCCGGUCCGCCAAAGCAGGUCUCACCUGCAGAGCAGAAGAAUCUCAGACCCGGCCGAGCUGGGAGUCAUGGAUAGUCGCCUCUGCCAAACGUCGUACCCUCUUUACUAUGUAUCUUUUCACCAACGUCUACAAUACCCAGGUCGGGCUGCCGAACUUUGUUGCUGAAGAAUUGAGAGGGACCAUGGCCCCGGAAAGCAAAAUACUCUGGGAAGCUUCAGACCUCGCCGUCUGGGAAAGAGAAUACAAUCGCCACUUGUCUCGCUGGGAGGAUACGAUGCUCGAGAUAUCAGAGCUGUGGAGGUCUGAUGAUACUGGAACAGACGCCCGGCGGGAGAGAAUUGAGCGGUGGCUGCAGUCUGCUGAUGAGUUUGGGAUGAUGUUAUUUUCCGUUUGUGCACAUAUUCAUGGGUGCUAG